AAAAUUUGCUUGUAAUGUAUCCAAAUUAGCCAGGAUAAACGGUGUUAAAUUUUGUUUGAUAUUGGUAAAUUUGCCAGGACUGCUUAAUCCAUGAAAAUAUCUACGAUUUUGUGCGAUAGUGUUGAAUAACUUGAAUAAGUAGUAUGGAUUCAGUUCGAAAUGUGAUUCUCGUAAAACUGACAGUAAUGUGUUAAAGAUAUAAGUAGAACAAUUUAGUGUGUAUUUUGUUUAAAUUCUCCAGGAUUUGGUCGGAACAGUUGCCCGAACCCCGCGCCGCCGCCGACACCAAAUGGUGGCUGGCGGCGGCGGCGAUGGCGGCGCUCACCGUGGCCACAAUCGCCGGUAACGCCGGCGUGGUGUCGGCGCUUUGGCGAGCGCGCCGAUCGCCUCAGCACUAUCCGUUGGCUAGUCUUGCCGCGGCGGACUUGUUGGUCGGCGUCAGCGUGCUGCCACUGGCGGCUGCUAGGGAGCUGUUUACUUUUAGACUAAGCUUCAUCACCUGCGCCUGCUGGAGCACACUGGACGUCCUCUGCUGCACAGCUUCCAUCCUCUCCCUCUGCGCGCUCGGCUGGGAGCGCUACCGCGGCAUCACCGACCCGCUGUCGCGCGCCGACCGCGCCAAAAAGGCUAAACUACUCGCCGUGCUCAUUUGGCCGGCGGCGGCGGCGGUGGCACUACCGCAGGCGUUUGUGAAGUCGGAUAGCGUGUCGACCAAUGAAAUGGAUAAGGCGUGCACUGUUAAUACUAAUCCUAGCUACGUGUUCUUCAGCGUGACCUUCUCAUUUUACGUGCCAACGUGCAUCAUGCUAGUUCAGUAUGGUCUGAUCCUUCGCGCCUUGGCGUUACGCCCGCCAAUCCGCGCACACAGGGGCCAGCGUCCAAUUGUGGAGAUGGAUCAGAUGAAGUGCCCGGAAUCCUCGCAACAAACAGACGAAGCAGGAGCGGCAGAGCGACAGAGAAGGGUUACUAUCACCAUAAUUCGUCUCAUGUGCCUUUUCCUGAUAUGCUGGACUCCAUUUUUCGUCAUGUUACCAGUAGAUUCCCUCUGCGACUGCGUACAAGACUCCACAUGGCAAUGGUGCACAUGGCUUGGAUAUACCAACUCUGCCCUCAAUCCUGUAGUAUACGCCGCAGCCGCCACCAGGGUCCGCCGGGCGUUCCAAGCACUACUGAAGAUGACGCGACAUGGAGAAUAAAGAAGACUUAACCAAGAAAAGAAAUUGUGGGAACCAAAAUAAUGUACCAAAACAACUUACGUAAUAAAUUUAAGAGUUAAUUAAUAAUUUCUAAGAUAAUAUAUAAGAUAAAUUGUAAAAGGUAGGUUGUAGGUACUUUAAAAAUCAGUGUAGUAAGUAAAUAUUGAGAUAACAAAAAAAUGCAACCAUAAUUAAUCCAUAGCAAUAAAAAAAUAUCACUUUAAAGUCGUUUUAUAUAUGAACAAGUUUGAGAACAAAUCAAAUUAUUUUAUUAAA